AGUAUUCAACAAGCUUUCCAUUUGGAUUAACAACUAACGCCGUCGCCAUGUCAACUCACAUGGCCAAUCUGCAUAUUUUGCUGUCCUUGCUGCUGAUCUGCUCGACGCAGGCUGCCAAUCUGUCGCAGCUGGUCAAGAAGCAGACGCAAGUGAAGCAGCCGCAGCAGCAGCAGCAACAGCAGCAGCAGGCAGCGAGCCACAUGGCUGCGGCUGGGCAGCAGUAUGCGCAUGAGGCGGAGCUGCCAGCAGAGCAGCAGCAGGAUAUGAAGAGCGAAGAGGAGGAUGAUUCAUAUCAGAUGAUGCACGAGUUCAAGCAGGAUUCACGCAUGCCGGCCUCUGCAACGAACUUUGCUUGGAAUCCAUAUACAGCAGCAGCUGCCGCCGCCACUGCAGCUAAUCCAUUUGAAAGCAUGGCACCGCCUGCACCGGCUCUGCCCAUGCCCAAGAUGCUGCCAUUUAUUGGGUAUGCACAGCCGCUGCUAAUACCCUUUCCGCUGUACAUAGCCCCAGACAUGUUCUAUCCCAGCUAUCCGGGCGCUGGCAACGAUCUGGAAGAUGUGGUCAUGUCGCGUGCCGCCGGCGAUCGUCGUCCGUCCGCUGCUCAAGCGGCUCGCAACUCGCCCAUUUACUAUGUGCGCUUGCCGCCCACGCCGUACAUGUUUGUGCCCACCAACCUGGCACCGACCCCAUUUGCCAACAGCUUCUCGCCACUGCUCACCUAUCAGCCCAUGCCCACGUUCUCCACCUUUGGCUCGGUCUUCAAUCUGCCCGUCAACUUUCUGGCCAACGGCAAGCCCUCCGGCAUUUAUCAGAUGAACGGCGCCGCCGGGGAUAUGGCAUCAUAUACACCUGGAUAUGGCAGCAACUUCAAUUUGCGCCCGCCCACACCGACCAAUCCGUAUAGACCGCCUCCGGUCGCCAACUACGGCCAUGCGCCCCAGAAGCAGGGCUUCGGGCUGGCCUCACUGCCGGCUCCGCAGCAGGACUCCAAGUUGACAUCACUGAAGCGUCCCUUUCUGUUUAAUGGGCGCCCCGAGGACAUCUAUAUUCUGCCCAACAAUGUGAACUCGCUGUACAACUACAACGAGCAGAACUACUACUGAUAUGUGGUGGGCGUGGCAGCAACUAAAAGUAUUACUGAAUGCAUUUCAAA